AUGGCAACACCUCAGCAAGUUACGAGCAUCCCAGAGUCUGGUCACAAGUAUUACCUGCAGUUCACUACCGAAGACUACAAAAGCAGGGAAAAUGUCGGGAGCUGCCUUGCUACAGUGUUGUAUCCGAAGACAAAGUCUCCGCCUGCUGUCAAUAUCAAGUGCACGUAUACCAAAGACCAGAAGCAAAUCCAAGAAGAGGACAACAGACUUUACAAAAAAAUUAGGCACCAAACUAAACCAAUAAUCGGAAACAAUAUUCCAGACAGCUAUGGAAAUAUUGAACCUGCCCUGGAGCCAGUGUGGGCUUUGGCUGUCGCUGGCAGCAGUUACAUAAUGUGGGAAAAGUCAACGGAGAACUUGGGGUACUUCAUGGCACAAGUCAAGUCUGUGAAGCAGUGGAUAAGGAAAGAUCAUUUUCUUGAGUUUGACUACACUGUCCUACUCCAUGAAAUUCCAACACAGGAAAUUAUUUCAUGUCAGAUGCGCCUCACUUGGCUUCCUGGUCGCCCUCUGAAAGUGAAAUACUUCUGUGCUUCAGAGAAUCAGGGGCUCGAAUACGGGUCUGGAAUGGAAUCUGGAUCAGCUGCUGGGAUUUUAUAUGAAAGGGGAGCAAAUUUUUAAAAGAGAUUGUCAGCUUUAUGGCUAUGUAUUAAAUGAGAAAAUCCUUGUGUUAAUAGAUCUGGAGUUGUGAUAAUUUUUCUAUACAAGUCGAACAGUGAAUUUGAAUGCUUUCACUAGUCUGUUUUGUUCCAAAAUUAAUUCCUGUAAUUUCUUAAACUGCAAGACUCAUGUUCUAGAGUUCUACCUAAAAACUUUGCUAUGACAUACAUACACAGAUAAACAUACACAAGCUGAUUUUAUGUCACUAACUUACUGUUACUUAGAGUAACAUAGUUUGUGAACAAAGUUAAUAUAUUUGGAUAAAAAUCUUGAGAAAAAUAUUAAUCUGUCAGUAAGAAAUAUUUGUCUGCUAAUUUUUUUUUUAUUUUUUGGAAUAGAUACAUGCUGAUUUCUAACUUAGAUCUCCAAUAAAACAAAUACCAUUACGCAGGCUCGAGGUGGGGUUUUCUUUCAUGCUGCUGCUGUUCGACCCCAGCUCCCCAUCUUCUCCCAGUGUUUGGCCUUUAAAAGGAUGUGGAUGAGCAUAGGCAGCGAAACGUCUCCCGCAAGGCCCUACAGAAGCCAGUAGCCAGCAUCUGCACGGCCCUAGUCCUGCUGACGCACCACUGUUCCCUGGGGUGUGAGCUGACAUAAAAAGGAAGUUUCUUCUCUCAUAUUUGUGAAGGCAACUCAGAAAAUAUUGAUAUAAGGAAAAUACGUUUUGUUGUCUCUCCACAUCUCUCACCAGUCCAGAACACUGCAAGGCAGUGUUUGUCAAACGGAAAUUGAGAAUGUUGUCUUAGUCUAUUUGCAGUACGACACAGUUCUCGCUAUUCUACCUUCAACGAAAAGACAGAACUGCAAAGACAGUAAGGCUCUGUACAGAUGGAUUUCCACAUUUGGGUUUGGCGGGGGAACAGCCCGCUGCCAGAAUACCCCGUCAAACAGCUUUUAUAUUACUGCCUGCCGUGUCUUGUACCCAUCCUAAAUACGACAAAGUCCUCCUGCAAGAACAUGUUUUUGUCCUCUCACACCAAAUUCUCCGUUUCGGUUUACAGCAGACCCGCUGUCCUGCCUUUGUUCACUGAGAUUGUGCCAAACUGUUUCGGGUUCGUCAUUUUUUUUCCCCAUUAACAAGAUUUCUGCCAGGUUAAGUUAACUCCCUAUCAAUAAGUACACCUUACUUAGGAAAACAGGCAAUGGUCUCUGCCUUCUGGGAUGGUUACAUUCUUUAUAACUUGUGGUACACUGCGCUAUCGUUGAUCUGUAAUUGGUAACGAUGAUUAAGGUAUUCAACAUGAAAGCUUUAACUGGGAGAUAUUUAGGCUGGGUGAUCUGUUAACCCCCCAAAUUCAGGCAUUUUACACAAGUGUAUUAGUCUGAUAUACUUUUACUGACUGAAGCUUUCUAUAUCAGCACAUCAUAGGCAUUACAAUAAAUUCAGUGAAGCAGCAUUUCACAUACUCGUGUUUUCUUUUGUGCUGGCAACACAUUUCUCAUCAUCAACAGCGUGAAAUCAGAGCUUAUAAUGGCAACAUUUCUUAAAGAAAUUGGUGAUGAAAAUAUUUUUUUUAGAAUUUAAAUAAGAAAAUAGCAUGGAUUUUGCACUUUGGGGCUCUACUUUAGCAAUGCAUUUAACCACAAGUUUAGUUUCCUUACCCUGUUUUUGUCACUGCUCUCCAGACCUAGAACAGAGGAUCAGGCACUUCCAACUUACCAGAUCGGUGUAACUUUGACACCAAAUAAGCAACGCAAACUUAGGUUAGUUAAGAAACUGCACAAUAGCUUCUGGACAAGUAGCAAACCUGUUGGAAUUCAAAGGCAAAAUUUCCACCAACUUCUUUAGGGCCAAGAUUUCAGUCAGUGGAUCAGAACCUAAAAUCAUACAGUUUUUACUCAAGCAAAAUUCUUGGUUACAUCAGUGUAGACGUUAUCCAAGCCAAGGCUCAGACGGGUUCACAGUGAAUUCUUCACGCUAAAAAAACGCGUGCAGAGCAUAUCUGUAAGAGGUUGUACAGACAAGAGUAGUAGUUCUCUUCCAUCUUUGCUGCUAGGAAGAGUUCAACUAAGAUAUACGACAAGUGCUAUCUAAAAUUUGAUUAAAGAAAAAAAAAAACCCAUCCCGCACAAAGAAACAAAAUCCAGGGCGCCCCAAAAUUAGGCGCUUGCUAGUGCUUCUGUCCUUCUUCCACUGUCCCCCACUAUCCAUUAGCCUUCCCCCUACCCGCAGAUUUUCUCCCUCGCAUUUAAGCUCAGCAGACCCCGCUGUGCCUCAGCUGUCCCUGCACUGUGCUACCCGGGGCCAUGCUCUCAUCGGCCGCAUUAGAUUUGUGGAGAACCAGCACACAUCUGGCAGAACCUAUUAGCUGGGAUUUCACAUCAUGACUGGCCUCUAAUAAGCAUAAUAUAAAAGCCAUAAAUAUAAAUAAAAUAAUAACCACCCCAUUUAUUUCUUGCAUUCAUACUGCUUUUGUAAGCCAUCUUUGAAUUUUGGUAAAUGUGCUGUAUUUGCUUGUUUGAGAAAAUCUCCAAAUGUCAGAGAACCUGCAGGGCUUUUCUUGAAACGAGUUCCAGCUGAGUAUUUUCACAAAAAUAAGGCUCUGAAUGCAAGGGAAUCAAGAAGGAUUUGGCCCAAAGCAACAUUAUACUCAUAUACAGCAUUAUACAUGUGUUUGUUUAGUCAGCAUUUACAUGCCCCUGACAAAUCUCUGACGCUGUACUUUUUUCAAGGUUAAAAUAAGUAAUUUUCACUGUCUUUCUGUGAAGGCUGAGGGAAAACCAGCCCAGCCACUGCAGUUCUGUCUGCGUCUGGUAAACAUCAACCACAAUCCUGUGCCAGGAAUGUAGCUGGUUUUGAACUGGAACUUCAUUCUCUGUUUACUGGAAGUCUGCAAAAGUGCUGUUAAGCCGAGUAGGUCAGGAAGAGAGAGCACGCAAAGAAAAUUCAGCGUGGAUCUUCUGGUAGUAAUUAAAAAAAUACAUUGAUGAUAAUAUCUUCUCUUUCUCACUUAACUAUAACGUCCUUGUUUUAUCUCCCUUCUAUGAGCGAGCAAGAUCUGUUCAACUGAUUCCCAAGCUGAGCAUCAUCAGCAACACGCCCUUUUGAUUGUAAGGUUCUGGGGAAAGGAAUCUUUUGUUUGGUUUUCUAACAAAGAGCCAAGAAAGCGAGCCCAUAAAAUAAAUCCACAUUGUUCAUAGCUUUGGAAAGACUUAACUUCUACGUAUAUUAUUAUCAACUCUUUUCAAAUGCCUUGCACCAUCCGUGAUAAGCAGGUGUGGUGAUAAGCAAGUUGCACUGACAGAUGACUUUGCCCAAUUCCUUAGGACUUUGGAGGCUCCUAGCAUUGUUUCUGAAGGAUGAGGAGGGAAAACUGACAUUCGUUCCCUGGACUGUAUGCUCUAAGUGCAGGAGCUACAGGAUCUAUGCUUGGGGCACGUAUGUGAAAACUGCUCAGCACUGGAUGACGAUUCACCCUCAUGCCUGUCCAGCAGUUAAUAGGUAGUUUAGU